UUUUAACUACAAUUUCGUAGUUUCGAUUUGGCAGUUCUGAUUUCAGAAGAUGAAAAUAUUUAUGAAAUUGGGCAGAAAGCUGAAUACAUUCACCGGUUUAGUCUUUUUAUUGCCAACAGCGCACUUAUGCUCUCUCUGCACGAAUUCGACUGUUAAAUUUUGAGAAUGGAAGAUUUGAAGCAGCGUCUAAAAUUUGACGACGUAGCUGUUCGAUCUCGAUGCAUCCAAAAAAUAGUGCAAGUGGUGAAGAAAAAAGCAAAAAAGGAACUUAUUACAUCAUCAUCAGUCCAGAUCCCUGAAUUGAAUCUUUUAUGGGAAGUUUGCGCUGAUGAAUCCACUUCAACUUAUAAUUUUGCAAUACGUGGAAUAAUAUAUCUUGUUACAAAUUGUCAUUUGGAUAUAAAUUAUGCUAUUAAUAAAUUCCUUGGCAGUCUUUCAUCUGCAAGCAAUGUUUAUGGUAUUGUCAAAGCGAUAACUAAGCUUUUAAUCUGUCAAAAUGAUGGAAAUCAGUCAUCAAAUUAUUCACUACAUCGACCUAAACAUCCCUUGAUAACAGUCCUCCAAACUGAUGAAAAUUACUUGCCAUUAGUGAUUGAAAAUAUUGCUGAUGCUAUAAAUGAAGAUAAUCUGAGGGGCUUUCAAUCAAUGGAACCUGUAAUUUGUUAUAUUUUAUGUAAUCCUGAUUCAAAGAGAAAGAGUGACUGCUCAAAAAGUUUAUUGAUUGAGACUCUUCUUGAUGUUGUGAAAAAUGAAAUUAAAACAGCAUUUUAUAUUCUCAGAUGUAUUCCAUUAUUGCAGAUUGAAAACUAUAAUCAAGUUGUUGAAGCUGCCAAUUUUAUUCUGAAGUCUCAAAAAGCAUUUAUGUGCUUACAGUGUGAAGAAAGUGAAAGAAUUUAUAUAUCUGAAUUAUUAUUGCUUUCUACAUUAUCUUUAAGUGAAAGAAGUAUAGUUUAUGGACAUGAUCCGACCAGAUUACUAGACAUAGCAAGUACUGUGAGCAUUUCAUUAUUAAAAAUUAAUUUUACAUCUUCAUUUGUCAACCUGUGUUUGGCAUCCAUAGCAAAGAUUUUAAAAAUAGUAUCUGGAGAGCUUAUUGAGAAAUAUGUUUCUAUAGCUAUUGUACUCCUGGAUUUUCACCACAUAUCCCCUACAAUAGCUGCUUUAUUGGCAUCUUCUGUGAUUCAUCUCUUGCCAGAACCAUCUGUAAUAUCAUUCAAUGAAUCAACAUCUUCUUCCUUAUCACAGCUAUUAACAAAACUGGAGCAACUCUUCUUGAAUUCCAAAGAUUCAGGAAACAAUGCUAUUACAUCUCAGAAUGCUGAAUCAUCUAAUGGAUUAACAUGUUCUGCUGCUUUAGAAAAGACUAAAAGCAUCAAUCAUAUUUAUAUUGAAGCUUUUACAUUUUCAGUGCAGUCAUCUUUACAAUGUGCCAAAUUUGCCAUCCAACUUGAUGAAGCCAAUUUUGAGUUUAAACAAAACUGGUUGGAAACUGUCAAGAAUGUUGUGAGUUGCUGUUCUGCUGACAACUUAGAUAUGAUAUUCUCCUUAGUGACUGCACUUUUUCUUUCAUCCACAGAUAAUCGAAACUUUAUAAUUUCAUGUUUAGAAACUUUUGAAUCUAUUCUUGCAAAAAGUUCAUAUUUGUCUACAAAAUUAUUUGCAAUUCUUCUAUACAAGCAAAGUCUACUGAACUCACCCGAGUCAAAAUAUCUAAUUCUGGAUUUCUUACCAAAAUCUGCUGCUCAUAAGUAUGCCAUUCCUCCAAUCCUAAGUAUACUUAAAGUGAUGGCAAAUGAGGAUCACUUAAAAGCACAGGCGAUUCAUUUAAUGAUGCAGUUAUGGAAAAAGCACGACAGAUGUUUUUCUUACCUGCAUAAACUGUUGACUGAAACCAAUAAAAUUCAAAACAAAGAUCUUAAUAUAAAUGAAGCCUUAAUUGCUCAAGCAGCAGCAAUCCGAGAAAUCUGCUUAAUAGCACCAGAAAAACAUGGUGUUGGGUUUUUAGGAAUUUUAUCAAAGAUUUUCAAUGAAUCAAAUGAUGAAGCAAAUUUACCAGCUGCUUGCUUAGCAUUGGAUGGGGUGAUUCAUUUAUGCAAAUCUGAGAUUACUGAUCUUAGGUCUACUUGGAAAAUGCUGGGUCCAAAGUUAAGCAGAGACCGAAGAGCUUUGAUCACUUGCCGAAUGUAUAAACUCCUUGCUUUGGUUCCUGACCUGCAAGUUAAAUCCUGUGAAUAUGAUAAGUUUAUGAGUGAAAUUGCUACUAGUAUCUGGAAACGAAUUUCAGCUGGAGCAAUGCCACCGGAAGCUGUUGCUGAGGCAUACACGACAUUAUCAAAAUUCCCUCUGGAUUGUCACAUACUGAAACAACUACCUCCUCCUGCUAAAACCAAUCUACAACUUCCACCUAGUAUGAAAACAACACCAUUUGAAAUGGGUAAAUUACCUGAAGAUGUCCUAACAUAUAUCCCUGGAUACUGUUAUUUAGACUUAUUGAAAAGUUUAGAAAAUGAUAUUAUUUUAAAAGGGUAUUCUAAAUUUUUGAAUUCACUUAUCAAACAUGAAAUUGAAGAACUUCCCAGAAGUGCAUAUAGUCAAAGAAAGCAUUUACAGAAACGUCAAAACACAAAUGAUUCUUUGUCUAAAGUUCCUAAAUUCUUAUGCAGUCAAUUUGAAGCUAGAAAAGCUCCAACUCUUCAAAAAAAUAUAGCAGUUGGAGUAUUGUUGAGUUAUGAACCUCCUCUAGAAAUAGGAAAAGAUGGUGAGCCAAUUAAAAGAUCCUUAGCAUCACAAUCUCGUUUCUUUGAGCAAGUACUUAGUGUACUUCUCAAUGAAGUAAACAUUGAUACUACAGAUUGGCAUAGAUGUAUUCUUCUUCCUUCUGCUUGGGGAGCUUUCAUGGAGCGAGCCUUUUUCACAUGUGAAGAAUCCCGUAAAGCUGAACUAGAUUUACAGAGAAGUCUUGGCCAUCGUGAAUUCACCCCAGAGGAGUUUAAUUUACAGUGUAAAUGUGCAUGGUUGUGGGUAAGAGAUCGUCUUCUAAGUGUUAUCAAAACAAGUGUGAAAAAUGCACCUACAUCUCAUGCAAAUGCUAUUUUUGCAAUAUCUGGUCUUAUUCAAGCUUCAAAUAAAUUUCAAGCCAGUCUUGAUGAUAGCACAAAAGCUUUAUCGGAUGAUAAUGAAAGUUACACCAACCACCAAGUUUUUGCAACAGAAUAUACUGAAACAGUUAUUUGUGCUAUGAUAUCUAAUUAUAAAACUAAAGGAAAAGUACAUAGCUGGCUGCUUACACACUUAUCUCGAGCAAAUUCUAGUGCUGGGUUUCUAGUUAUUGGUUGCAGUUGUGCAUCCCUAUGUAUGUUGACAUCUGUUCUAUUGAACUCUUUAAGUGAUAUUAUACCGACAUUAUUCCACAGCUUGAUUGAAAACCUUUCUCACAGUUCACCAGUUUUAAGUUUUUACUCUGGCUUAGGUUUAGGACUUCUCAUUAGAUCACUUUGUGAAAUUGGUUUUACUGAAGCUGGUGAAGCCCAAAUGGAAAUGUUAUUAAAUACUUCAAAAGAAAUUCAAAAGCUGUGUUUUUAUGAAGAUACUCCACAAUCAUGUUCCCUAAUCAGUUUGACAAUAGCUGUGGCUUCUUUGUCUCAUAAUUCGCUUGAAGAAAGUAAAGAUUGGGUUUCAACUACAUGCAAUUUACUCCAUGAGAAACUGAAGGAAGAGGAAGUUUCAUCAAUGAGCUUUGAGGUGUUAAGUAUUUGUGUAUCAGCUAUGAUGAUAAGUGCUGUUGAAGGAAGCUGUAUGCCUAUUGAAAAUAUAUGUAACUUGGCAAGUUGGUUUGAAGAAAAGCAAGCUGAAUUGCCUCAGUGUUCUGGUGUAUCUAUAUCUUCUGGAUUGCUAAUUGAAGCUCUAGAGAAACUUGGAAAUCCUUUAGGUUCUGAAAUUAAACAAAAACUACAGAAAGAAUGGUUUAACACUGUUGUAUCUGAGAAAAGAAACACACUUCAUAGAAUUGCUGCAUUAAAUGGACUUUGUGCUUUAUAUUCUUCUGGUAGAGGACUUUUACAGAGCAAAACCAGAGAGGGUGCAGAUAUGACUGCAGUAAAUGAUCUAGUUUCACUCAUGUUUCAAAUGCUUAAUGCUAGUCGAGAUACAGGAUUGCAAAACAUUUCCUCCUGGGAAGUUGGAAGACUAUAUUCUGUACAUUCUUUACAGCAAGAAUCUCAAGAAUCAGUUCCAGCAAAUUAUUCAUAUCUGAAUGAGAAGAGUGUUCUAAAACCCUUAAUUAAGAAUAUUCUUAGCUACCGAAAUACAACAGAUGAAGAAACUAAGCAAAAUGAUCUUCAAAUUUUGUCAAGUUUAACUGCGUUAGUGGGAACAUUUUCGAAACCUUUGCCACCAUUAAAUUGGUCUAUAGUCUUGUCUCCAUUUCUACAGCAGACUGAAAAUCCAUUUUUAAUUGAGGCUGCAUUGAACAUUGCUCUGAAUCAGGCUAAAGGUUCUCCAUAUGCAACUAAUCUUUUGUCAUUGUAUUGCUGUCCUCCUUUAUAUCACACUUUACCUGUGAAUGGCCAGCAUUUCCUAUUGAAAAACAUACCUAGCAUAUUUCAAGUAAUGCCACCAUCAAAAUUAAAAGUUUUCUUCCAGACUAUUAUUCCUUUCACUAUCAAAAAAGAAAAAAACUUGGAAGAAUUAGGCAGUAUUACAAUGCAGGGUAUUCAAGAAGCAUUUUUGGAAGUAGCAGCAAAACCACAAACUCUGAAUGUUUUGCAGGAUGCAUUUAUUUCUAUUUUUAAAUAUUUCAAGAAGGAUUGGAACCUACUUAAAAAGCAUCUAAGAUGGAUAUCAGAAAUAUUUAGUCACUUAUCAAACAGAAAUGUGGAAUCUCUAUUGUCAGUUUCUAAGAAUGGCUCUGAUGUAACUAGCUUGACUGCAGUAUUAUGUUACUUAGUCCAAACAGGGCAGAAAAAACUUUCUGAUUUGAGGCCCUGCAUUGAAGAAGGAAAACAUUUACCAAUUCAAGAUAAGGAGAUGAUAUGUGCAGCAUUGUAUGAAUGCUUUCUGACUGGACGUCUCAAUGGAAAAGGUGAUAUUAGCCAGCCUGAAAAAUGCAUUUCUUGGCUCUUAGAAACAAUUGGCUGGAUUAAUGUGCUGAGUGAUUCCAAAUCGCAAUAUCAAUUAAUAACAAUAUCUGAAGUAUUCCUUUUUCUGAAUGAUGUAUGUUUUGCUACUAUUGUGGGUUAUUCUGGAUUAGAAUGCAGCUAUAACUGGUUGCCUAUACAGACUCUGUCACAUCAGUUGCUUUUAGAAAGUUUACCAUUAGCUCUUAAAAAGUUAUCUACAAUAAAUGAUUGGAAUAAAAUUACAGAUAAGAUAAUUGACUGGUUGCUGUUGCUGCUUCAAAGUCAAUACUUAGAUGAUAGUGAAAAAUAUUUCAUAAAAUUGAGCUUAUGUGGAUUAAGAAGUUCGGAUGAAUUUAAAAAGUCAGAUAUUUGGACAAAUGUUUUAUGUUCUAUUUUUCAUUAAUAUAAAAAUGUAAAAUAAACAAUUG